AUGGAAAUAAUAAUAAAAAAGCCAUAUAUAGAAAUAUUUGAAAAGAUAUUAAAGCUAUUUGCAUCCGUUUGCGAAAAUUUGAAUUUUCGAUUAACGCGAAAUAAACUGGAGUUAAGUGCAUCCAAUAACUUAACUAAUGAAUUAAUUAUUCACAUAGACAAAAAGAUUUUUACCGUAACUAGCAUCAGUUGUGAUAUCAAAAAUGCAAGUGGUACAGUCAGCUCAAAAGAUUUUUACAAUUCCAUAUUUAGCAACAAAAUUGUAAAGCAGUUAAGGUCUAAUAGUAAUAGUGGCAAUACUUUCAGCGGUAGUAGAUAUUACAUGUCCGGUCAGAAUAAAAAUGAUGUAAAUAGCACGAAUAACUGUGAUGGGUUCAAACAUGUUCAGAGUGGAAAUAACAGCGGCAUCAAUAGUGGUAAUCGUAAAACCAAUAACAAUAGUAUCUCUAAUAACAAUAGUAUCUCCAAUAACAAUAGUAUCUCCAACAAUAAUAGUAUCUCCAACAACAAUAGUAUCUCUAAUAACAAUAGUAUCUCCAACAACAAGUGUAAUUUAAAUGUUUCUAAACUAAUUAUAAAAUUUAAUAACGAAGAGAACGCAAGUAGUACUCUAGAAAUAGCUGUUAAAUUUAAAAAGUGUAACACUUAUUUUAGUGCUAUAUUAAAGGUAAGGUCCUUUAGCAGCUCACUGAAAAAUUGUGUAUAUAAAAAUGAAUCAAUAAUACAAAUAGAGCCAACACUUUUUCUUCUUAACUUGAAAGAUCUAGCCAAUGAAAGAAAUAUAUUUUUAAAAAAUACAGAUAAUUCAUUUAUUAUUUGUGCAAUAGAGACUUCUGACUUUAGUUUAAAUAAAGAAAAAGUCAAAAGAGAACAAUUUUUUUACAACAAUAAAAAAAUAUGUAUUCCUUCGAGUAAGACUAAAUAUUUUUUUAAAAAUAAAAAGUUUGGAGAUCAUAAUAUGUCACUCCCCCUUAAUGAGUUAAGAACGAUAAUUAAAUUUUGUUCUGAUAUGAAUUUAUUGUGUUUAUUUUCAACCAAGAAUUUUAAAGAACGCGUUAUUAUUUAUUUUGGAAAUAUUAUUACUCAUAUUUUAGAAAAGAAUAAAAAGAAAAUUUCGGAAGUUCGGGCGGAGAGAAAAAAAAAUAAAAAAAAAAGAGAAGCAAAAAGAGAAGCAAAAAGGGCGCAAAAAGUAGAGUCAAAAAUAGGGGCAAAAAAAGACACAAUAAAUCAAGGAAAAAUGCAGACACAAUAUCGGACAAAUGAUACAUUUUAUCAAAAUGGUAACAAGUGUUAUAGAGACAAUAGCUCAGAACAUUCCUCUUAUAUUCCUUCCGAGGAUGAAACCUCCAACUCGUGUGUUUUCUAUUUAUCAGAUGACAACAACUCAAGUGACGAAUAUGAUGAAACAAGCUUGGAAGAAAUAGAUGAUAGUGAUGUUCUUUUUUUCACUUCUGAAUACACAAAAAAAGACUAUUCUUCUAACGAAAAUAUGAAUUACAAUAAUAUUAUAACAGGUUAUAUACAUUUUACAUCUUACUUUAACAUUUCUUGUAAUUUUAAUGACUAUGAUUGCAGUAAGGAAGAAUCUAAUCAUAAUAAUUUUGAGGAUGAACUUUUCAAUGAUCAUACUAAUGUUUUUAGACACAGAGAAAAAAAAAAUGGUAUAACUGGAAGAGGUGAUAAAGACUCAAAAAAGGAGCCGCAGCAGGAGGGCGCACAUGUAUGUAGUACCAGCAAUGGUAUUAACAGUAGUGGCAGUAGUAGCAAUGUUUGCAAUCGUAACAGUAAUGAUGAAAUGGACCGCUCCAACGACAAUUUUAGCAACCACCGAAACGAUGGCCUGAGUUAUGAGUCAACCAACACACACAGUACAGGUAAUACUAAUUUUAGGAAUGAUGCAAAUAAUUUGCAAAAGUGGAAAAGUGUUAACAUUGAAAAAUGUGUGAAAGGAGAAUACAUGACCACUGCAUGCAAAUCGGGUGCGGUGAAUACUAGAAGUAGAAAUGGUAUAAAUGGAAAAAAUAGUAAUGAUAUUAAAAAUGGUAAUAAUAAUAAUGGAUCAUCAUUUUUUACAGACUAUAGGGAAAACAGUACAUCGAAAAAUGAAAUUAGGGAACUCCUCGAAUCAUUUUGCAAUGGUGAAGAAGUAUGGAAUGCAGGCAACUUUGUGAAAAGUGAUAAUUAUGAACAAGUCAGCUACGGAACGAAUGGCGAGACAAAAGGAAGAACAGAAAGCGGAACACAAAGAGGAACAGAAAGCGGAACACAAAGAGGAACAGAAAGCGGAACACAAAGAAGAACAGAAAGCGGAACAGAAAGCGGAACAGAAAGCGGAACACAAAGAAGAACAGAAAGAGGUACAGAAAGCAAAACAGAAAGAGGUACAGAAAGCAAAACAGAAAGAGGUACAGAAAGCAAAACAGAAAGAGGUACAGAAAGCAAAACAGAAAGAGGUACAGAAAGCAGAACAAAUGACGGGGAGGAAGAAGAUACACGCGAAUUUGAUAAAUUCAUCGGAAAUAACGAGGUAGAGGAUGGGCUUAAGUGCAGAUAUAACACCAAUUUUAGAAAGUUUAAUAGCGAACAGGAAAAUGGUAAGAAGAGAUACGAAAGUAACAGUGGAGAUACUUAUGGUGAAGCAUAUGAAAAGUGUAAUGUGGAAAAAAUGAACGAAGGAUUUAAUCAGUAUGAAGAAUUAAAUUAUGAUAAUUUUAUAAGAGGAAAUAAGAACAUUUCAGACACAUAUAAAAAUAUUGACUUACAAAUAAAAAAACUUAGUGCUACUUUAGGAAAUUUAAAAAAAAUAGAUACAUAUAAAAAAAAAGGUACAUUGCAUAAUAUGCGGAAUAAGGAGGACAGAUCUUUUUUCUCAAAUUCAAAUGAUUUAAAAUUGAAAAGGAAAAGAAAAAAUGAUGCUGACCUUUGUGAAAAAAAAAUAAAGAAGAAUAAAAAAAGGUCAUCAAAGGAGAUGGUAUAUAAUGAUUUUCAGGAAGACAGAAAUGUUGAUUAUGAUGAUAAUAAUAAUGAUGAUGAUAAUAGUGACGAUGAUAAUAGUGACGAUGAUAAUAGUGACGAUGAUAAUAGUGACGAUGAUGAUAAUGAUGAUAAUAACGAUGAGGCUGAUAAUAAUAAUAAUUAUUUUUUUCACACUGAUGAAAGUAUUAAUAAUGAAUGUAACUCCACCGUAAGCGAUAGUUAUUAUUCCUUAAGUGACGACAUAGGAGUAGAAAGUAAAUCAAACUUGAAUAAUGAAAAUAUGACAUAUAACAACUAUUUUGAUAGUAUAUAUUCAAAAUAUCAUUUGUAUAAUAAUUUAAAGAAGUUGGGAAAUAAUUUUGAUGGAAAUAACAAUAUGCAGUUCUAUUCUUCGGCUAGAGAUGAACAUAAUACUUAUGGCAAUUUUCGUCCUUUACAUUAUAGAAAAAGGGAAAAUUAUAAAAGAACGAGUACUGAAUUCGAUGAUGAUGUAGUAUUGAUAAAAAAUCAGAAAAAAAAAAAAAAAAAUCAGCACAAUUAUAGGCAUAAUAUGUAA